AUGGUUAUAAAAUUUAUGAGUGGACCAGCAUUUGGACUCGAAGAAAUCAAACGAUUAGAAUCAGAGCUGUUUAAAAACCCGAAUAAUGUUCAUAUUCUAAGCGACUUAGCUCAUCGUUAUACAAGCCAAUGCGACUAUGCGUCAGCUAUCCAGCAUUACGAAAAGAUCGUUCGGAUCGAUACUCACAAUGGGAAGGCCUGAAUCGCCUUAGGCCACUGCUAUUUGCUUAAAGGAGAUUACCACAAAUGUUUCAAUGCCUAUCAAUCUGCUAUCAAAAAAAGUACUGACAGCAGAGAUCCUCACCUUUGGUAUGGAGUAGGCCUCCUUUACAGCAAAUUCGACAGCUUCACACAUGCCGAAUCUGCCUUUCAGUCAGUAUUGAAAUAUGACCCGAACUUCGACCAAAAGCAUGACGUGCUUUAUAAGCUUGGGGCAAUUUAUAAGCAAAAGAAGAAAUUCUUAAUUGCUAUUAACUUCUUCAAUAAUGCAAUACAGUGCCCAAAAAUUUCUUUUGCAAAAAAAAUCCAAGCUAUGUGCAAUAUCGGAAGCUGCCGGGAAUCUGAAGGCAAUUUCAACGAGGCAUUUAAGAAUUAUUAUGAUGCGUUGAAGAUUGCCAAAAACAGCUUUAAGGUAAGAGAAUACAUUGGAUUUUCGCUGAUGAAUCAAAAGUUUUACCAGGAAGCCUUGGAGAUGCUAGGGCAAGCUUUAGCAUUUGCCAAGGAAAAUUGCCAAGAAACAGGAGAUAUUUAUUAUCUGAUGGGAAGAUGCCAUCUGGAGAUGAAAAAUUUCUUGGCUGGGAUAGAGGCUUUCCAGAAAGCAAUAUAUAAAAACCCUUGCGUUUGCAUUUACUGGAUAAGCACAGGGAUUUUAUACGCCUUAUCCAAUCAGCCUCAAGACGCCUUCGAGUGCUUUGUGAAAGCUUCUGAAUUCAACCAAGAGAACGACGAGGUCUGGUUCAACAUGGGAAUUAUUUAUGAGCAAUGCAAACAAAAGCAGGAAGCCUGCUUAGCAUACCAAAGGUGCUAUAAGUUAAAUCAACAAAAUACCAAAGCUAAAGAGCGCAAAAGCAAGCUAAAACAACAAGAAGAAGACUAUGAAAAUAUUCCAAGCUUUGUACAUCCAUAUAUUGAAAUAUCAGAGGUUCCUUUUUCCAGUAGUAAAAAUGAAGCAAUUGACAAAAAGGCUAAAAAAUUACCAGAUAUUACAAAAUUUGAUGAAAAAAUUCCCACAGAAUUAGAAGAUGAAAUUAAGAAAAAACUUGAAGACCUGGAAAAAACUGCUACUUUUGAGGCGAUGGACAAAGAUGUGACGUCACUUAUAUCAGAUAUUAGGCCAAGUCUGCAUAAUCUGAUAAACAUCCCAAUUCCUGACGAAGAUUCUCAAGUCCCUAUGUCUCUUUAUGUCAGGAUUAAUCCACAAUUUCAAACUCCUGGACAAAGCGAACCUCAGCCGGGAUUAUUUUCUUCGCCAGAAGCUGGACAAACGGAUAAUAAGUCCGAGUUAAUUCAGCCUCCUCCAGCUAGCCAGCCUGAAAUAAAGCAAGAAGUAUUUCCACAAGCUCAAGCAAAAGCUCCUAUCCCUUCAUUCAUGGCUAGUUCUUUCCAAAACUUCUUGAAAAGUCAAGCAGCCCAAGAAAUGCCAAGCUUUUUCAACCCUGCAAUGUUUUCUCCUUCAAGCUCAGCCCCUAUAAAGCCUCCGAUUUCAAACCCUUUUACCAAUCCAAACUCUGCAAGCCCAUUCAGUCCUCCAACUUUUCCGCAUCCUUUUAACUCUCCAGCUGCUUCAAAUCCUGUAACCCCUUUUAAUCCAUCAAAUCCUAUAGAAAAUCCAAGCCCUAUGAAACCUCCAACUCUUAUAAAUCAUGCGGCAUCUCCAAGUCCUCUAGCAUCUUUAAUUCCUCAAAACCCUCCAAUUCCUUCAAAUCCAACAGUCCCUCCUAACAAUUUAGAUAAUCCUCAAAUCUCUGGGAACCCUCCAAGCUCUGCGAACCCUCCAAACCUACAAGAAAUUCCGAAUUUCCCCAAAAAUCCUUUAGGAAUCCCACCUCCGACUCCUCAACAAUGGGCAGCUUUUAAAAACUUCAUGAUGAACCCGAUGAUGGCAGCCCAGAUGAUGUUUAUGGGGUCUGUCGGGUUCAUGAAUUUUAUGAAAUUCAUGAAGGCCCAAGCCCGCAAUACUGAAGAAGCUCUGAAAGCUGAAGAAAAUGAAGAAACCGUAGAAGAACCCACAAGUCCACAAAAAAGAGUGCUGCGUUCUAAUGACACCCCAGCCAAGAAAAGAAAACUAUAG